AGACAGGGGCGAGGCGGUAUGAUCGCGCAUGCGCGUUGUCACGUCUACUAAUGCUAGUCCAGUUGUGUUAUAAGGAUUCCCAAUUCGUUGCUCAAGAUUAACAGUAAAGAAAUGAAUUGAAAUUUAAAACUGUUCCUAAAAUGGGAAAAUAAAUUUUAAUUUUAAAAAGUUUUAAUUCAACUUUUAAAAAUAAUUCGUUUUUUUCAUUUCGGUGUAACAAUUCGAAUAAUAAUGUGACACAAUGCUGAAUAUUUUAAAUUUGGAACGAUUUUAUAGACUAUCAAUUUCAGUAUCUACCUCAAUCGCAGGCGCCUUACAUCAUGCGCAAUACCGUCCUUGAUACUAAGUCGUGACUACUAAGACCUAGAUAGUGCCUUCAAUAGUGAUAAACCUAAGUGCCUAUCGUCUAAAGAAGCAAAAAAUUCCCCAGAUAUCGCAACUUUGUAAAGGAAACUAAAGCGCCUAAAAAAAGGCGGACAAAAUCCAAAUCUCUUCCGGUGUCGUAUGAGCGGACCCCAGAGCCGUCCGGCAGGCGACACAGCUGGUGCCUCAGCAAUGUCCCCGACGAACAGUUUUACAACGCGCUAUACACGGCUAACGCUUCAACCCAAACCUCUUCCACCAGCUCACUGACAAGACCCUCAAGGCUAUUCCAACCCAUAAGACGCGUAUCACGGCAGAGCCGGCUCGAGUUGCAUCUUGAUGAACGUCGUAAAUCAUUCGUCGACGGUGUCGCAUCAACGUCUCGUCGGCCUGACACACCAGAUGUACUGUCGCCGCCAUCGCCAGUUUAUCAUCGCGAACCACGACAUUCAAAACACGAUAUCUCUAAUCUAUCGUCAGCUCCUGGGACUUCUGAAGCAUGGCCAAAGCCUAAUGUACAGUUCCAACAGGAGAAACCAUCGUCGUCAGGUUAUGGCACAUCCGAAUCAUGGGGAAAGCCUAGUGUACAUUUCCAAGAGGAGAAACCAAUACAUUCUUCGUCAGCUCAUGGCACGUCUGAAUCAUGGGCAAAGCCCAGUGUACAUUUCCAAGAUGAGGACCCAAUACCAUCUUCGUCAGCUCACGGCUCGUCUGAAUCACGGACAAAACCUAACGUACAGUUCCAAGAGGACAUUCCGAUACCACCAUCGUCAGCUCACGAGACAUCUGAACCUUGGGAACAUCCGAAUAUACAGGUCUCAGAAGAAACCCCUACAGACUACCUCUUAGAGAAUCUCGAAACAUUGGUCUACAGAUUGUUAAAGCUAACUCGUAUUACAUCAAUAAGUGAUGAAGGUACAAGUGAGGAAGUAGAAUCGAAAGUACGUAAUAGAAACUUCUUUUCGAGAAAUGAGCUGCACUCUCCAAAACGCCCAUAUAAAGAGUUCGAUUUGGGUGAAUACUUUGACUGUAUUCCAACCAAAUACCUGUUAAAACAAUACGGGAUUGUUGGGAGUCCAUUUUCUACUGAAACGAUGAUGAAUUCCUUAAUAGAAGACAAGCACCGUAAAAUUAUCAUUGAAUUCUGCCAUCUUCUUGAAAAGGCAAAGCAACUUUUCAAUGGGCUACGGGAACUUCCACAGUACGGUCAUAAACAAUGGCACUCUUAUUUCGGCCGCACUUUCGACGUUUAUACGAAACUGUGGAAAUUCCAGCAGCUUCACCGUGCCAUCCUCGACACUAAAUAUGGGUUGAAGAGAUGGCAGAUUGGAGAAAUAGCCUCCAAAAUUGGCCAGCUCUACUACCACUUCUACCUUAGGACAAGCGAGACGGCUUACCUAAAUGAGGCUUAUUCCUUCUACUCUGCCAUCCGAGGGCGCAGCUACUACACCCAAGCAAGCAAAGAAGACCGGAGCGAGUUACUUGUUAAGAAACUCCGGUACUACGCCAGAUUUAUUGUAGUUUGUCUUCUGUUAAAGAAGAACCAGCUCGUCCGCGACCUAGUACAUGAAUUAGACCACCAAGUCAAAGAAUAUGGGAAGACCUAUGAUCCUGAUGAUCAAGUCGAGUGGAUCCUGGUGUUGGAUGAAAUCGUGGCGUUCUUGGAAGCUGACCACGUGAUCACAGUGAAACGUCCCGAUGGUGUCAACGUCAUUAUAUCCAACAGACUGAAUCCUUUGAACACAUACCCUUUGGACAAGACGUCCCAGAUGACACUCUCGCUCCAAGAAAUCGUCGUGGUCGGCAGCUACGAUCAAGUGAAGUUCUCCGAACUCACCAUGGACAUGUUCAGGAUGCUGCAGACCCUGGAGAAAGAGCCAGACGCCCAAGUCCAAGACGAAUCCUCAAGACAGCGAUUCAUACCGGCCCCAAAUAUUUCAAACCAAGGUUACGACCUGGAGUCGCUCCACCACACCAACACUCACAAGUACCUGCUGUUCAAGCCGUCACCAACCCAGAUCCUGGUGUACCUGUCCAGUGGGUGCCAUGACCUGCCUCCGAACGGGGCUUUGCUGCUAUACAUUUCAGCUGAAGGCAACAAAGUGCCGGGCAAGUUAGAAGCAAGUGGCUACGAAGCAGGUGGUUUAAUAACCACGUCGAGGUCGGACAUCAACAGAGAUACAAGCCGAGUCCAGGAGCCUCAGCCUGGCCCAUCAUCAGCACCAGUCGCACCAACAUCAGCCACACAGUCGAAGUAUAAAGAGGCGCGAUGCCUGUACCCGGGAGACCUGGUACCUUACACCAGGCGACCUAUGUUCAUCAUCAUCGAGUCCGAUAACUCCUACGUGUUCCAACAAAUACCAAGGCACUUCGGACAGCCUCUCAUCAUCAUGAUGUCUCCCAUAGAGUUGCCGGAACGAUUGGAGAACAAACAGCAUGACGGCAACCUGUUCACCCUGUUCCUGCACUCCCCCCUCGCCGCCGUAUGUUAUCUAUCAGACAUAGUAAACUUCACUCUGGCGCAUUGGGAGAGAGCCAUGAAAAUUAUCGACAACUUCAUGACUGAGGCUUGCAUUAUCAUGAUGAGAACCAGAAUUGACCCGGCAUUUAACGCGUUCAUAGGAGACGACUUCUUCAGAGUUCUGCUUCUAAGGUUCAUCUUCUGCGAAGUGACAAUCAGGAGGCACCGAGGUUUCCGCGCCAGGAACCAGCACCCGAGGAUAUUGCCGGCCCUCCCCGAGGAAAUCUACGACAAUGCGGCUUUGAAUUACUUCGUCCUGGAAUUGGCUGAUCAUUUACAAAUUGGCACAUUCUUCGACGAGCCGAUUGUCCAUCCGGCGAUAAAACCCUGAUCCCGGCGAGCGUCCGCGGUCGCGUUCGCUAAAAAAGUGACCGAAAAAGUAGCCGAGAAGGUGACAGAGCAUUGCACCAAGAAAAAAGAAUAACUUUCUUCUUUAAAAGUAAACACUUGUGCAUUGGCACUUGUCUAAAAAAAUGAAUGAAAGUGCUCUCGAAAUGAUACUGUUGACAUUUGUCUAAAAAAGUUAACAAAAGUGCUCUAGACAUUAAAAAUUCAAUAUUGACACUUGUCUAAAAAAGUGAAUUGAAUGUGUUCUAAAAUUUUGAAUUAUAAGUGUUGUUGACAUUCAAAAAGUGACCUAAAAAGACAUUAUUAAAAAAUCUUUAUUAGUGCAUUGAAACUCUGAUACGGCUACGAAAAUAGGACAAUUUUGUGAGUCUGAUCUAAAUAUUUGUGUAACUAAAUUUGAAUUCUUAUUGUGCGUGUUCAAUUACAUAAAUAUAGACAUGAAACUAUAUGUACAGUUCUAAAUAUGUAAAUUACUUUAUCACCGUAUAGUGUCAAAAAACUAAUUAAAAUUAAUUAUAUGUGACAGUGAUAGAAGACAUGUUAUAAUGUUAAUAUAUUAAAUUUAAGAUUUUAUGGAAACAAGAUUUUAUCAAGUGUUAACACGAACUACAUAUAUCUGUAAAAUGUGAACUAUCAUAUUUCAUACCAGUAAGAUAAAAAUAAAACUAUUUAAACAUAACAAUGUCAAAAUUAGAUGUGAGUAAUUUGUAGUCUUAUUCGAAAAUGUUUCAUAUAAAAUUUAACAACAAUAUUCAACUUUAAUGCCAGCGGAACCUAUUCAACUAUUACGACGGUAAAUAGAUGUAACCAAAAAAUUAUAGCUUCAUUGUUAUAAUUACCUAUCAUUGUUAUAUAUUGUAAUAAUAUUACCACUAGUAUAUACGCUAUUUAAAAAUGCAAUCCUUCCCAGCUAUGUGUGUUCAUAUUAUAAUAACGUAAGUAGAAGUAUUACGAGUAACGUAAAAGAAGACAGGAGUUGUUCAGCUUGAGCAAAAGAGUGUGGCUCGGAUGAUAUCACAAUAAAGAAAUUAUGGAAAUUUACGUAUUCGCAAAUGUAAGAAGUUACAUAUUUUCUGCCACGGAUGAAGUGAUUCUAUAAGUAUUUUUUUCACUAAUAUACGAAAUCUAUUCACUGAAAAAAUACACUUGAGAAUCAAUUAUAUAAUUAAUAUAACUUACCUACUUUAAAAAGCUGAAAUUGGAAGACUAACAAAAGUUACCGACAUAGCAAAGAGAGUCGAGAUUGUUUGAAGUGGAAAUGAGCAAGUCCUUAUGCCAAAGACGGACGAAAGAUUCGGUCAAAACUAAGAAGAACUGGAGACUAUAAAUGGGACGAUGCAUGAAAACCAUUUGUUGUCGUUGAUAGUUUAUAAAACAUAAUAAAUCGUUUAUAAAAAUAUAUUAAAUUACAUAAAUAAAUGUUGACAAAAUAGUGUUUUGAUUUUUUUUUAAAUCUCAAAAUACAAAAAAUUGGUUUGACGGUCUCCUUAAAGCUGGAAGCCUAUUUUAGAGAACAAGAGUUGAUCUACUUUCACUUGGCGCGGAUAGUUGAUAUGUUAACUACAUACGUUACGUACCUAAUUAUAAAAUAAAAUUGAAAAUUAACUGUAAUUAGAUAUAAUUCGAUAUAUAUUUUUUUAAAUAAGCCUGUCGAUAUAUUAUAUUUUUGAAAAAACAACCAAACAUACGUCUAUACUUAAAAUCAAACUAUAAAUAAGUAUUUUUUUAUUAAUUAUAUUUUUUUAAUAUAAUCAUGAUAGUAUUUUAACUUACUUGAGAACUACCACUGUACAUAUAUUUAAAAUAUAGCUCCGUACAAAAUAUAUGUACGAGUAUGUACCAAUUUUUAAUGUAUUUAAUAAGUGUAGGCACGGAGGAGGACGGGGAAAGGUUGCGGGUUGCGUUCACUGCGUCUGCGCCGGCACCUGCUACAUCGAAUUUAUGUUCAUAAAAUGUAUAAAAAAAAUUACAUGAGUAGUUUUUAUCACAAAGCAUGUUGUGAGUGCGUCGCUACUGUUGAAUCAAUUUGACAAGUGACGUAAAUUUUCAAAAUGGUUCCAAUUUUGGUCGCCGAGUCGCGCUUGUACUUUGAUGUUGAACAAAAAAAAAACGAACAAUGUUCAAACAAUAAAAAACAGAUAUUAUUUAUAGUCCAUGCGGCUACAAAAUUAGCUGAGAAACCAUAGACAAAAGAAUAUCCUUUCUAACUUAAAAAAGUGUCUGUUGUGUUAAUCUGUGGUUUUUAAUGAAACAUUCCAUUUACCGUUUUCCAUUUUCUAUUUAUAAUGUAUUCAUUAAGUACCUACCUACCCUGUGAAUUUCUCUCAAAGAAAGUCGCCAACAAAUUUAUUUAUUGCAAACAAUAUUGUGUUAUUUUUCAUUUAAUACUAAAAAAUGCAUACCAUUAUAACACGCAAAAUAAGUACGUCACUAAGUGUAAUACUUAUCGUAAUUUUUAAUAUUAAAUUUCUUUCAGUCAGUGUUGUGAUUCAGAAAAAUAUUAAUACAUAAUUAUUUAGGAUAUAAUUAAUAUAAGAGAAAUCAAAGUGAUGUGUAAUUAAUUUACUAUGGUAAGUAAUACAUGUAGCUUAUACUCGUAUAUGUACUGCUAUGUAUAUGUAAUUACUGUUCAGUUGUAUUUAGGUAAUUUUCACUACACUCAUUUCAUUACCGAAUUUUAUUAAAUAAGUAAAAAAUUCUAAAACCUCAUUUGAAAUUUCGCAACGUACACGUGCAGUAAGCUUUCGAUGGCCAACGGUUAAAUGCGUGGAAUAGCAAAAGAUUGGCGAAGAAAAUUAAUUUAUUUUUUUUUUUUUUGUAAAGUUAAAAAUAAAUUGUGCGGAACCCUCAGUGCGCGAGACCAACUCGCUCUAGAUCGUUUCAUGAAACUUGUAACCGGUCAUAUUUUUAUUAUGAUUUAUAAUAACGAGAUACAUAUUCAUUAUAUUCACAAAGUCUUUAACUGAAAAAAAAUAUAUAUAUAUAGGAUCAUAAUUAAAUUAAAACUAAAAUGAGAAAUAAUUAUGUUAAACCUAUUUAAUAUUAAGAGAGUGUUCCCUUCAUAAUAGAAUAGGUAGUUGAAAGGAAAUAACUAUUUUCAUAAUUAGUAAGAGAUAUAUAUUUUUAAAAAAUGUAUUAAUUAGUCGAUAAGGAUAAAAAAAACCCUAAGAUAAAAGAGAUUAUAAUAUUAAAUUAUAUAGUUUUUCAGCUUAAUCUAAAUUGAAUUUGUUGAUCACAUAAUUAAAAUGAAAAUCAGUCGGUGUGAUUAAAUUUCUUGUUGCAUUAUUUUAUGAAUUUAAACAAAUUAACAAUGUGACUUUUUGCCGGGACUAAUUAAGGACGAAAGUCGAGCAAAAAAAAAAGCAUUAUCAUUUUCCCCUUAUCAUACUCGUACGGUAUUUUAUAACAGAACGCAGGUAGACCGUGUGUAACUGACUUUCAAAAAUAGUUAGUUCUCAAUUUUAAUAUUACUUAUUAGCCAUCAUCAACAUUGUCCGCAACCCUCCGUGACCCACUGCUGGACAUAGGCCUCCUUCUGUCCUAAUCUGCCCUGAGUCAUAUUUAUCCAAUUCUUGCCAGCAAUUUCUAGACGCCGGAUGUCCUACGCUCGUUUUCCAUUACUCAGUAUUACUAAUUAUUUCCUUUUUAUUAAUUAGCUACGGUUUUUCUCAGGCGUAGGUAAUUUCAUCCACGUGAUACGGUUAUAUAUAGUAAGUAGAUCAAUAACAUAUAAAAGUGUCUGUUAUAAUCGUAAGAUAAGCUUAGCAAAAUAAGGAAAAAUGAGGCUAAAAUAUAUUGUACAAUAAAUGCUUCAAAAUCACAAGUAACUUCCGAUGUUAGUAGAUUUUCGAAAAUACGCGAGUAUAUUAUACUCGUUUCACAUAAUCGCGUAUCUGAAUAUAUCUAAUUACAUAAAUAAACACAUUAAAUAAAUCAAUAUAGUCAUCGAUAUUGUAGUUUAUGAGCUUUCUUUGCGGCAAGGUAAAACCAGCAAUUACGUUAUAACGUUUGGCGAAUUGUUUGCCGAUUGUGUAUAUAGCCGGCUUGUUCCGAUUCGGUUGUGAAUGUAUUUCUAUGGUUCGAAAAUUAUCCGUUAGAUGUCGUUAAAAUAAUAUUAUCUAAAUUCUGAAAGUAUACCUCUACCUUUAAAUUAUAAUCAUGGAUGUAUUAAAUGUUGUAACGAUGUAGUUCCGUGGUCACAAUAAAUUGUAAUGUAUAUACUUA